AUGGCUGACUCUGGUUACGCCAACACUGGUAACUUGAAUGAUGCCAAAGAACUCCAGAAAAUGUUCAAGGGCCAGACUAGCAGUAACAUCACCGCAAAGCCCAGAGGCAAGAGUAAGAGUAAGGGGGGUAACUCGCUUCCCAUGAAGCGACGAGAAGCCUUUCCACAUCCGCAUCGUGGACCACCACCUACUUCUACCAAGACCAAUGUACCCCCUCCCAGCGCCCGCUACUAUACGGCCACUCUUUUGUCUGACCCUUUAAAGCGUGCAGCUGGAGCGAUUCUAGGGACAGCAACUCUAGCUUUCCUGAGUCGUCAAGACUCAACACCUCAAACGCCUACCGUUCCUGCCCAAACCGCCAAACCGCCUAUCACAGAAAACCAGGCUGUUAUCAAGGCUCCUGCGACCGUCUCUACUGGGGAGAUAAAGAUUGCGAACAAGGAAGAAGAGUCUAAGAAGAUAGACGCUAAACCGCCCGUCAUGGGGAACCAGGCUCCCACGGCUGUCUCCAGUGGAGAGAGAAAGCAGGUUCCCACGACCAUCUCUACUGGGGAGAGAAAGCAGGCUUCUACGGCCGUCUCUAUUGUGGAGGCAAAGGUUGUGAACAAGGAAGAAGAGUCUGAGAAGAGCCUCGCAAGCAUGUUCUUUUCUCUUAUGUCAGGGGAUUCCGAUGAGGACUCUGACGAAGAAUCGCCAGCUGUCAAAGUCAAGGCCGAAGCUGUGAGCAAGUCCGGGACCACUAGUAUCAUCAGAUACUCAUCCGACAAGUUGCUGGAGCUGAAGGGAAACCCCCCCUUGGAGACUGAGCAUUCCAAGGCCGCAAACACAGUCCCACAGCAAACGCAUCAAGGUAAGACCGAGUUAUCGCCUAAGGGAAUAGCCAACACAAGCCUUCGCCCAGAAGCUCCCGGUUUCAUACCAUCAGUGACUGCUAAGAUGGCUGCCUUUCUGGCAAAUGAAUCAAACAAGCCAGUUACAACUCGCAAGCCGACAAAAGGGUUGGGUUCGUCUAUGUGGGCCAAGUAA